AUGAAGCCGUUCGCACUUGCAGCUCUGCUCGCGGCGCUCUCCGCAAGCAACGCAUUCACCGUACACCCCGGCACUACGGGGCCGGCGUCCAGCCCCAACUCGUACAUCGUCUCGCGGCCCGUGUCCACGCCGGUCCAGUGCGUGACGGCCACGCCCAAGCCGACGCCGACUACGACGACGUCCGUCGACCUGUCGGGCACGCAGGUCCAGCCGCCUGCGUACACUGCGCCGCCGGUCAACCCCGAGACGGUAAAGCGCGCCGCGACGGCCGCGUUCGCCAAGCAGCGCAAGGACAAGAGCCUCCCCGCGCUCGAGUGGGACGACAGCCUCGCGUCGGCCGCGCAGGGCACGAGCCCCGACCUCUGUCUCUACGGCUACAAGGCCGCGGCGAACCAGGUCGACCAGGUCGACCCCGCGACCAAGGGCCAGAACUGGGUCAUUGAUGACCAGCUCGCGCGCCUCAUCCAGCGUGAGAAGACGGGAGCACUCGUCGCCGACGCCAAGGUCACCAAGUUUGGAUGCUACCUCGGCCUCUGUGCGCCGGGGACAGCAAUCGACCACCUCCAGGGUGUGUCCCUGUCGUGCCGCUUCGGGCCGGCAGAGGACGUGCCGACCCCGUCGACAUCGACGACCACGGCCCCGACCCCGUCGGACACGGACGUUGCGCUCCCCGCGUACUCGGAGGUACCUGUCGCCCCCGACGCGGUCCAGACUGCAGUGCUGAAGGCGUUCGCCACGCGCCGCGGCGACCAGAACCUCCCCGCGCUCGAGUGGGACGUCGGGCUCAGCGGCGACGCGCAGUACGAGAACCCGCGCGUGUGCUCCUCCAACUCGUGGUACAAGGCGCCCGCGAACCAGGUGUUCGUCGUCGACCCAGCGUAUGCCGGCCAGACAUGGGACAUUGACGCCCAAGUCGCCCGCCUCAUCGAGAAGCCCGCCACGACCAACCUCGUCCUCGACGAAAAGUACACCAAGAUCGGCUGCUCGCUCAACCUCUGUGCGGCCGGCAGCCCGUUCGAGUUCCGCCAGUCCGUGUCCCUCCAGUGUGCGUUUGGCCCGAAGCAGGACACGCCGACGACGACCACGAGCGCCAAGCAGCCGUGCGGCACCUGCCCCCAGGCGGAUGUGCUCACCGUGGUGCCGGUCACGCGCGACCAGAUCAAGGCGGCGGUGAUCCCCGCGUCGGACGAGCAGCGCAAGGGCGGUAACCUCCCCGUCGCGGCAUGGGACGACGGCCUCGCCAACACGGCCGAGCAGGUCGCCAAGCGCUGCGGCCUCGGAGACGCGACAAACUACAUUGCCAACUCCAAGAUCGCCGAGGCCAAGGACAGCACCGACUACGACGUCGCGGGCGAGUUCAAGGCGUCGCUCGCGCGCAACAACGGGGGUGACAAGCCGCCCCAGAAGGCCAACAACGUGCGGAUUGGCUGUGCCGUCGCCCUGUGCUCCGCUGGCGUCGGCAACCUCGUCGACCACCUCCAGUCGGUCUACCUCGUCUGCCAGUACGGCGAGGCGGGCCCGACGACGACCACGAGCGCACAGCAGCCGUGCGGUACCUGCCCCCAGGCGGACGUUCUCACCAAGCCCCCCGGUACGCGCGAGGAGCUCCGCAACGCCGUCGUGCCCGUGUCCGACGAGCAGCGCCGCGCGGGCAACCUCGCCGUCGCUGCUUGGGACGAUGGGCUCGCGUCCACUGCCGAUGCUAUCGCGAAGAAGUGCCAGCGCGACUACGACGCCGACAAGACCAACCUCAUCUACCACACCAAGAUUGCGUCCGCGUCCGACGAGAACGGGUACCCCUUCGCGGACGAGUUCAAGGGCGCACUGGAGCGGUUCAACAAGAGCGACGACGCGCCCCAGAAGGCGGGUAACGUGCGCUUUGGCUGUGCGGUCGGUAUCUGCUCGGCGGGCACCAUCAUCGACCACCUCCAGGCCGUGUACCUAGUGUGCAAGUACGGCGAGCAGGGCCCGACGACGACGACGAGCGCGCAGCAGCCGUGCGGCACGUGCCCGCAGCCCGACGUGCUGCACACCCCGCCGCUCACCGACCAGCAGGUGAAGGACGCGAUCGUCCCGCUGGCCGACGCGCAGCGCAAGGGCGCCAACCUGCCCGCGCUGGCGUGGGACGACGCGCUUGUCGCCGAGGCCAAGAAGCAGUCGUGCCGCUACAGCUCCGAGGGCCAGAUCAUCGCCACGUCGCGUAUCGCCAAGCCCGAGCUCGCGAACAACUACGACGUCGCGGCCGACUGGAACGACGCGAUCAGCCGCAACAAGGCUGAGGACAAGCCGCCCCAGAAGGCGAGCAACACCAAGAUUGGCUGCGCGCUCACCCUCUGCUCGGCCGGUGCUCCCAUCGACCACCUUCAGGCGGUCGUCUUCGCGUGUGCUUUCAGCUAG